CCUGUUGGAGGCAGGAGGCUGGGCUCGGGCUGGCAUUCUGGGAUCUCCCCCGGCAGGGCAGUGGCGGCGGCAGCGGCACUAGAACAAAGGAAGGCGGCGGCGGCGGCGGGGGCGCGCGCAGAAGGGGCCAAGCAAAGCGCCUUUCUGGGCGGCCUCCCGACAGAGGACUGGGGGGCCAACUCCUUGCUUGAGGGGGCACUUGCUCCCCUUCGCGCCCCCUCUGGGACGGACACCCUCCUCGGUAGGGGCAGGCCAGGCGGUGGGCGGCAAGGGAGACCAUACCCCCUCCGCACAGCUGCCCCAGGCAGCCUUGCCGCUUCCCAACAGGCAGACCUCCAACAGGGCUGGAUUUCCGUGCUGGGAAGGAGCAACUUCACCGGCCGCGCAGUGCUUCCCGUCGCCCAGAAGGCAGGAGGGAGCUGGCGGAGGAGGCUGAGAUCAGCGACCAUCUCGCUUGCCAAGAAUGGUCCUGAUGGGCCAGAAGUCCAACUAGAGAGGAUCUCUUCUUGCCUAGCUGGACGUCCAAACAGCCUGUUGUGCUGGUUUCGAAGGGAUUUAGAUGCUGAUGAGAACGAUGACCGAGCCAGUCUGGGUUUCUCCAGCGUGGGAAGGUUCUAAAGCGUGGCCCUGGACGAUGCUGGACAUUUCUCCAGUCUUGGGCAGACAUUUGGCAGUUCAAGAGGAAUCUUGUGCUGUUUUCUUGCUGAACCGUGCUGAAAGGCCCUGUGUGUGAUUCCAGGGGAUUGCGGCCAAGCGGAGAGCUUCCAGGUCUUUGCCGGUCGAUGUGUUGUCAUGGGGAGGCUGCACAGCAAGCUGAGCGGCAACCACGCCUCCAAGUACAGGACUGAUCGCUACGAGGAAGAGAGCUGUCCCGGCAAGGCACCUCUGCAAUACAGCCCAGCCCACAACGGCGCAGUGACUUCUGUGGCGACCCUCGCCUCAGACCUGUGCGUCUCAGGAGGGAAAGACAAGACUGUCGUGGUAUACAACUGGCGGAGCGGCACAGUGGUGAGGCGGCUCGUGGGUCACGAGCGUGAAGUUAGCAAGGUCGCUUGCUUCCCCAACUCCAACUGGCUCUUCAGCGCUUCUCGGGACAAGACGGUGCUGAUGUGGGAAUCCCGCCGCUCGUCCCAGCCAGCCCAGUGUUUCUCGGGACACGAACUGGUGGUAACGGGGUUGGCGGUCAGCCCAGCUUUCCAGCAGCUCUGCACGGGUUCCCGUGACAAUGCCGUGUGCGUGUGGGAUGUGGAGAUGGGGGGCUGUCUGCAGAGAGCGACCGUUUCCAGGAAUCUGGUAACGCACCUCUGCUGGGUUCCUGGGGAGCCGUACGUCAUCCAGACCUCCGAGGAUAAAACCGUCAGAAUCUGGGACACCCGAGACCUGCAGGUCGCACACGCCUUCCCGCCCAAACAGCACAUCCAGACUUCCUGCGACGUGAGCUUGGACGGGCGAUACUGCGUCAGCAGCAGCAGCGGCUUUGGUGGCGAGGGGUGUGAAGUCACGCUCUGGGACCUCCGACAGACGCGGUGCAGAGUGCGCGAGUUCAGGGGCCACAUCCAGACCACUGCGUCCUGCAUCUUCCUCCCUCCGGGCCUGGCCGCCUUCCCAGGCAUUGCCACGGCAUCUCACGACUGCACGGUGAACGUGUGGAACCAGGACACUGGAGCUUGUCUGACCACUUUCUGCCUCGCUGGAGCUGGGCCUCUGUCUGCGCUGGCCAGCUGUGAGAAUGCUGCCCUCCUCUGUGCCAGCUCCAACUCUGGGAUUCACUUGCUGAAAGUCAACUCUGCCAAAGGGCUGGAGCUCCAGGAGGCGGCCACGUUCUGAGCCACAGAGAGACGCCUCUGCAGGAGCCGGAGAAGAUGGGAGACCACUAGGUAGCGUGUGGCCAGGGGGCAGGAAGUAGACGACCAGGUAGAGAAGCCUCCAGAGCAGUUUAGGAUGCACCGCAGCCUCGCGGAGUCACGUUUGGCAUGGCAGGAGCUGGGGCCAGGGCCCAAGAGGCGGAUGUCCAACAGGUGCAGCUUUUGUGAGCUAGUGAAUGGGGGGGACGCUUCAAAGAACUGAGUGACGUUCCAUUGCUGAAAAAGGAUGCAAGAGUUCUCCAAGGAACGUGCCAAUCUACUUAAUGAGGACAGUUGGACCUAAGCGUACACAAGAUGUGAUUAAUGGGGGUCCAGGUGUAUCUUGCUGCAUGUCGAGGAUGUGUCCGAGAGUGAAGCAAUAUUUCCAGAUUUGAGUCUUUCAUGUUGCCUGUAUCUGAGCCAGUUUUUUAUUGCAUACAAAUUAUAGCAGUCUGUCCCACG